CGGCCGGGCGAGGGCCUAUCAGGGGCGGGCGGCGCGGCGGGCGCGGCGGGCGCCGGGGCCGGUUUGACGGAAGGAGCGGCGGCAGAGGAUGGAGGCGGUGGUGUUCGUCUUCUCUCUCCUCGACUGUUGCGCGCUCAUCUUCCUCUCGGUGUACUUCAUAAUUACAUUGUCUGAUUUAGAAUGUGAUUACAUUAAUGCUAGAUCAUGUUGCUCAAAAUUAAACAAGUGGGUGAUCCCAGAAUUGAUCGGCCACACCGUCAUCACUGUACUCAUGCUCGUCUCACUGCACUGGUUCAUCUUCCUCCUCAACUUGCCUGCUGCCACCUGGAAUAUAUAUCGGUUCAUUAUGGUGCCGAGUGGGAACAUGGGAGUGUUUGAUCCCACGGAGAUCCACAACCGGGGGCAGCUGAAGUCACACAUGAAGGAAGCCAUGAUCAAGCUUGGCUUCCACCUGCUGUGUUUCUUCAUGUAUCUUUAUAGCAUGAUUUUAGCCUUGAUAAACGACUGAAGCUGAGGAGCCGCGGUCCGAGUCCGCCAGCACCACAAAGCGCAGCCCAGGAGCCAGAGGCGCCGGAGAUCAUCCUUAGAACCGUGACCAUAGCAGUAUAUUUUUUCCUCUUUGAACAAAAAGAAAAAUAUUUUUGCUGUAUUUUUACCAUAUAAAGUAUUUAAAAAACACAAA